AUGACUGUAUUUGCUGGCAGUGAUGGAACAGAUGGUGUGCACCUCAUCGAUGAAGACGGACAGAUUCUGCCACUAAGGGCAAUCCAGGAGUACCUUUAUACAGCCCUGAAUGUGCCCGACGGGAGCGACGCGCUGCACCGCGUGGGCAUUAACUACCACGUUGUAGGUGUCCUUGGGGGGCAGAGCAGUGGGAAGUCCACGCUGCUGAAUUGCCUUUUUUGCACCCACUUUCAGAUGAUGGACGAGACGAAGUGGCGAGGGCAAACAACCAAAGGUGCCUUUCUCGCGCGUGCCGCAUUUGCAAACUCAGGUGGCGACGAUGAGGAGGCGGAGGCAGCUGCACCAGCGAUGGUAGGAACGGGGGCUGACACGUCAUGGCCUCUUUUUGUAGUGGACAUUGAGGGCACCGACGGCCUUGAGCGUGGGGAGGACCAAAGCUUUGAGCGGCAGCUUUCUCUCUUUGCUCUCAGUCUUGCAGACACUCUCAUCAUCAAUAUGUGGACAGUUGACGUGGGUCGUUUUAAUGCUGCCAAUAUGAGUCUUUUGCGCACCAUUUUUGAGGUGAAUUUGCAGCUUUUUUCGCAUGACAGUUACAAAAAGGAAGAGAAGCCGACACUCCUCGUUGUAUUACGUGACUUCACAGAUGAAGACACCACGCUCUACUUUAAAACGGUCCGUCAAUCGUUUGACAAAAUAUGGGACAACAUUGUGAAACCAGAGGCAUUUCAAGGCUCCAGCAUUGAUGUUUUCUUUGAUCUACGCUAUCACGUGCUUCCACAUUUCAAGCUGCAGCAUGCUGCAUUCAAUCAGGCAGUGGCAACCUUUCGUGAAUGGUUUUUUCUGUCGACGUGCGAACAGUACUUGUUUCACGGUGGCGGCAUGUUUCGUGGUGUUCCGCUGGAUGGAAUUCCAGCUUACCUCUCAAACUGCUGGGAGAUGAUACGCGCAAGCAAGGACCUUGACAUUCCAACGCAGCGAGAGAUGCUGGCAAGACACCGUUGCAUGGAGGUGAAGAAUAAUAUUAUACAAUUGUUUACGGAGAAUUGCCGUGAGUAUACAGAGUGUUUUCGACGUGGGGAGCUUGUGCCACAUCUCACUGAUGUACUGGACCGCGAGAUCGUCGAUCAACUGCGUGCGUUUCACACCCAAACACAGCUCUACAAGACAACCAUUGUACAUAGUACGGAAGUUGAGCUGGGGGAAGAGCUUCUUAAAAUUGAGUUGAAUCUUAUUGGCGAGUACGCAAAGCAUAUUGCAUUGAAGGUGCUUGCGGGGUUGGACACAACGGUGAGUGAGGCUGUUGACAGAACAUUGCGGUGGAUGCUGCAUCAGGCUCAGUUAAUACCGUUUAUUACCACUGAAAAAGGCAAGACGGAUGAGGGAGAAGAUUACGCGCUCAGAGAGAGGAGUUUUGGGGAGGUGUGUUCUAAAAAGCCUUGCUUAGUGGACAAUGAAAAGUGUCAUGCUCUGGUGCAUGGUUUUUGGAUGCGACUGUGUCACGUCCUGCAUGCGGAAAUGGAGUUGUUUUACCGCAACUCCAACCAGCAGCCUCAACAGCAACAACAGGUUUCCCGUCUUUAUGACCGUUAUGCAUCUUUGGUUGAAGAAGAUCCAGCUCUGCAGGAGAGCGUGGCACACGCCUUGUUUGAUGCCGUAGCUCAGAAAAUCAGCCGCCGUUUUACAUCAAUGGCUGAAAACGCAACGGAAACAAUUCAUCAGGCCUUUGAAAGCGCUCUCAACCGUAAACUAGACGGUACUGUCCGUUUUUUUAAUACAACAAAGGCACUGCAGCGAUGUGAACCACAGGCGCGCCAAGCUGGGCUCGUGUUUUUAAACUGUCUGCUGUACUACCGCAUGAAGGUUGUUGCCGAGAAGGCGGUUUUUGAGCAUGGGGAGAGGGAACACCUUGGCCGUGUCGUUUGCCACUUGCUUGGCAAGCGACGAAAGUUGAUGGUGCGAGAAAACAACGCGGAACAACAUUUUUUUCUGCACUAUACAACCAUUUCGGAGGUUCCGCGGUACCCCACGGGGGUUCUUGUGGCAGAGACUGACUCUGCGGACUCACCAGACAACGCUGUUGAUAGGGAAUGUGUGUUACUCAGCCAACAAGCAGUUCAGCGGGUAUUUGACAUGUAUACGCAAAAGUGUGAAUUUACCAUGCAGGUUCAACUGCGCUCCAUUGAAAGUGAGAAGCAACAUUUGCCUGUCUGGGUGCUGCCGGUGAUGCUGCUGUUAGGAUGGAAUGAGUUGUGGUAUGUACUUUCGUCUCCCAUCCUGCUUCCCAUUGUCAUUUUUGUCGCCGUGAUAUAUUUGCGGCAGAGGUUGUUGUCUCAAUGGGAAAUAUUUGAGGAGACAGGGCCCACGUGUGUUGUAGUAGCGGUUCGCGUUGUACUGCGACACCUUCAGACGAUAUACGAUAAACUUGUCCCAAGAGCAACAAACGAGGUUGAGAGCGAGACACCGCGGUACCGCGACCCAGGCAGUUUGUCUGACGUGGCUGCGCAUGCAAUGCGAACUUCUUUGCCUUCUACUGCUGCUACCGAACCACAAACGGCGUCGUCCCUUGCGGCGUCCGCUACUCUCAAGCAGUGA